UUACGCGUAAAAAGCGACGAAGAAGACAUUUAGACAUGGCGAUGUCCCGUGCAGUACUCAUGCCGGUUCGGGCACUCAUCGCUUUGAGGAGAAAUACUCUUGAAAUUAAUAAAGACAUCUGGUCAAACUGGACUUUUGUAAGUUCGUAUAGGACUAAAACCGGUGUCAUCCAUAAACAUCGCCAUUCUCCGCCGGAAACACUUCACAAAGGUCGUCCUGAUCUUCUCCGAGAGUUUCCUCAACCAAAGAACCUCCUGUACGCCACACUGUCCAAAUCACUGGGUCUGUCUGAUCUGUCCCAGUACAUCCAGUACAGCUGCACUGAUGGAGAAGUCAAGAGAGCAACUGUCACUCUUCAUUGGCCCAUGAGGAUGGAGGCUGAGGGCUUUGGGUCUCGUAAACUGGAAGCAGAGUGUCAAGCAGCAGCUGCAGCUCUUUGUAAACUCAGAGAGCUGGGAGUCCUUGGUCAAGGAAAGCAACCAUCAGUAACAAGUAAGACAAGACAGAAAGGCAGGCAGACAUCUGUCUGGGAAGAUGUGUCUGUCCAUGAGCAUCUUGAAUCUCUGCCUUUCCAGAAGAAAACAUGGAAGGAAAGAGACCAAGGGCCAAUAGAAGAGGAUCCAACAGUGACUGAGGCACUCUCCAUAUUUCCAAAGCCGAGGGCACUUCUUGGUAGUGUCAUUCAGGUGGCCACAUCAUCCAGUAGAGUCAGAGAGCUGCUUCAGUACAGAACUACUGGUGGGAAGGUAAAGACAUGUGAGUUGACCUUACACUGGCCGGAGGAGAUGACCUUUACAGCCCAUGGCCGUCGUAGACUGGAAGCGGAGUCAAAGGCAGCAGCACUGGCUUGUCUCCGGUUUAAGGAACUGAAGCUUCUGGAUGAGCAGAACAACCCUCUGACUCAUGCCAGGUACCAUCAAGAGGAGGUGCGUGAAGCUGGCGAGAGGCACAGGCGACCCUGCCGUAUUGAAAUACCCAAGGAUAUAGAACAGAGGAUUCAAGAGUACCUCUCACAGUAUCCAGUGGAGGCUGAAGUUCAAAAAUUAUGGGAUGAAGAGGAGCAGCUUUCAGUUCAAUCGUCUUCCAUCAAUACAGAUGAUGAUGAUGACGACCUCAUUACAGAUGCUAUUACCAAUAAGCCAUACCGCACUUUGCGCCCCGAGGAGGCAGACAGUCUCAGUGACCACCUUCUCAGCCUGUGGAUGGGGGCGGGGCCUGGACGAGGGGUGGAGCUUCCGGUGGACUCCUAUAAACAGAGCGUGCUUGCGGCAGUGAAAUCAUCACAAGUCAUUGUGAUUGCCGGAGAGACGGGCUGCGGUAAGACCACACGGAUUCCACGGUUCUUGUUGGAGGGGUGCGUUAGGAGUGGAGAGGGGGCGAAAUGCAACAUCCUGGUCACACAGCCUCGUCGGAUUAGUGCUGUGUCUGUGGCACACCGUGUAGCGCAGGAGAUGGGACCUGCUCUCCGCCACUGUGUGGGAUACCAGGUGCGUCUUGAAUCACGCCCACCUGAGCGUAGCGGUGGCGCUCUGCUCUUCCUCACUGUCGGCGUCCUCCUGCGGAAAUUGCAGUCCAACCCCAGUCUCCAGGGCAUCAGCCAUGUAGUAGUUGAUGAGGUCCAUGAGAGAGACGUCAAUACUGACUUGCUUCUGGCCCUGCUGCUCUCAGUCCUGAAAGAGAAUCCAGAGCUGCGAGUGGUUCUGAUGAGCGCGACGGGCGACACUCAGCGGCUGUCUCAGUAUUUUGGCGGCUGCCCAGUGGUGCGUGUGCCUGGAUUCAUGCAUCCAGUGCAGGCGAGGUACCUGGAGGAGGUGAUGACAGAGAUAGGUCGACCGUUACUGGAGAAGAGCAGGGAGAAGAGAAACGGACUGGAAGAAAAUGACGUCGCUCCUGAUCUUGAUCUGGUGGCUGAUGUGAUAGACCAUAUUCACAGAUAUGGAGAGCCAGGUGCUGUGUUGUGUUUCCUCCCAGGAUGGCAAGACAUUAAAGUUGUACAACAGAAACUGGAAGAAAAAGCUGCUUGCAGAUCAGGCUCACAGAUGAUUUUACCGUUGCACUCCAGUAUGGCUGUAGCAGAGCAGCAAGCUGUGUUCCAGCACCCUCCAAAGGGACUGCGAAAGAUCGUGCUGGCCACCAACAUCGCUGAGACGUCCAUCACCAUAGACGACAUUGUGCAUGUGGUAGAUGCCGGCUCUCAGAAAGAACAGAACUACGACCCCAGAACAAAGGUCUCUGGUCUGAACACGGUCUGGAUUUCACAAGCAAACGUUACUCAGCGAAGAGGAAGGGCAGGCCGCUGCCAACCUGGACAUGCCUACCACCUUUUCCCACGAAAACAGCUCGACAGCAUGGACACGUUUCCCAUCCCUGAAAUCCUGCGCACCCCUCUGGAGAGCGUGGUCAUUCAAGCCAAGAUUCACUGUCCAGAUAGCAAAGCUGUGGACUUCCUGUCACAAGUGCUUGACUCCCCAGACAGACAAGCAGUGAAAGUUGCUGUGAAGAACCUAAUGGAAAUUGGUGUGCUGGACGGCUCAGAGAAUCUGACUCCACUGGGACAGCGCGUGGCCUGCAUGUCAUGUGACCCACGGUUGGGGAAAGUCUUGGUUCUCUCGGCUCUGUUUUCUUGUGUUCUUCCCAUUUUGUCUGUGGCAGCCUGUUUGACACGAGAUCCCUUCUAUAACAGCAUGCAGAACCGGGCCCUCGUCUCAAAGGCCAAGACAGCUCUGAGUGGUUCCAGCUGCAGUGAUUAUCUGGUCUUCAGUCGUGUUGUUCAGAGCUGGAAAGAGCAACAAGGCAAGGAGAGUAAACAGGAGUUUCUGGACAAAUAUACUCUGUCCGGAGCCAGUCUGCGGUUUAUACAUGGCCUGAUGCAACAGUUCAGUGAAAAUUUGGCUGAUGCUGGACUGGUGGAACAUUCUGCUGAAUGUCUGCGUCUCUCCUCUCAUCUGAACCAGCACAGUCAGCAGGAGCAGCUCCUUAAAGCAGUGCUGGUUGCGGGCCUUUAUCCUAACCUCAUACAGGUGAAAAGAGGCACAGUAACAAAAGGUGGAAGAUUCCGGCCAGAAAAUCUUUCCUACCGUACAGAAAGCACCCCUGUGCUGUUGCACCGCUCCUCUGUCAACAGGGGAAAUCAGAGUAUCUCGAGUCGCUGGCUCACGUUCUUCUCUGCUAUGAAAUCAAAUGGUCAAGUCUUCAUUAGAGACUCUUCAGUGGUUCAUCCACUCGCUUUGUUGCUCCUGACAGACUGUGACCUCAGCGAAAGAGUUCUUGGAGAUCGUGUAGAGGUGGCAUUACCAGGUCAUACACUCAUACGAUGGGAGUUUUCUCCUCACGUCUGGGAGUUACUGUGGGACCUGCGCACUUCCCUACAGGCCAUGAUCCACCGCAAUCUUCGACCGUCUGAAUGUGAAUCCAACUCCAGCUUAGACAGCUGGAAGGACACUAAGCUUAUUGGCUUAUUAGUCGACCUUCUGAAUAACACAGAUUCAGAAGCUAGCAGUGAUCAGGAUGACUUCAACAACAGCACAGACAAUGUCAAGGCUGAUGGUUUUUAAUGUACACAUAUGUCUGUGGUACUGUAAAUUCAUUGAUGUUUUUCCAUUCCAGCCAAACAGCUGAAGACAGUCUGGGUAAAGAUUGUGUAGUAUGGAUCAAACUCUCUCCUGUCAGAACACAAUCAUACAUGUCUGGGGCAUGUUGACUCAAACUGCUUAAAUUGCACUAAUUAAAAGUAAUUUAUUUAAGUUAAAAGAACAGUGAUAUUUUUUCACUAGUAUACUAUGUAAAACAUUUUUGCACAAACAUAUUUCAUGGAGAAUAAAAUCUGAAUGUUUGAGAGACAAAUACUUGUAGAAUUGUGUCUAAGGGUGUAUGAAAACCACUGUAAUACUAAAAUAAUGUCAAUUAAAGCAAUGAAAGAUGUAAGGUACAA